AUGGUCUCACCGAAGGCGCGUCGCAUACUGUUUCCCAUCGAUCGGAGUGAUCAUUCCAAGCGCGCCAUCCAGUGGUAUUUGGAUAAGUUUGCUUGGGAAAAUGACGCACUCUAUUUGGUUCACGUGGUUGAGCCUAACUACUCGAGACGAUUCAGCGAGGUAUCACCUGACGAUCACACAAGUGCCCUGACCAAUAAAAUGAAGGAAUCGGUGGCAGCCGGUGAACAAGUUGGUGCACAAUAUCGAAGUUUUUUGAAGGAACGUGGGAAGGAGUCUGAAUUUGUCAUGCAAGUGGGCACCAAACCAGGUGAACAGAUAAUCAAUGCAGCUCGGGACGUCAGUGCGGAUGUGAUUAUAAUUGGAAACCGGGGGGUGGGAACGAUCCGGCGAACAGUGCUGGGCAGCGUCAGUGAUUACGUGUUUCAUCACUCAUCCAUUCCGGUUAUUCUUGUGCCACCUACGGUUUCCUAA